GUCCGUUUAAACUCGAUAAACUCCGCAACGACUUACCGGAAAUAACAAAUCAAAAUAACGGAAAACACCGAAAUUUGGUAAACAAAGGGCGGUCAUUUCAGAUUUUGAAGUGCGAAAAAUAUUAAGUUUAAUGAAUGCUCGAUGUUAUAGCGUAGAGUAAUUAGAUCAUGAAGGUGAUGUCAAAAAAGAAUAUGCAAGCAAGGUCUUCAGUUACUUCGAGGAAAUCUUCCACAGAUUCGCCUCAGUGGACCUCGGCCAAGGAUAUUUUCAAGAGUCCCAAAUCUCCUUCUCCAAUUGCAAAGAGGACUAGAAGGACAUCUGUAUAUCACAGAGCUGCAAACCCAUCAGAAUUUAAGAUGCCAGCUUCAAAACUUCUCUCCCCUCCAAAAAUCAGCGGAACCAGGCGGUCUUCAAUCUACCAGCGGAAACCUGGACUGAUCCAGUCACCCCCAUCCACUAGAACUAGGAGGCAGUCCAUGUAUGUUUCCUCAAAGGUGAGGCAAACAGAUGUGGACUUCUUUUCGAAAGUUUGGACCACCCCAGCAAAACAGGCUGAAACUAUACAGGAAGUUGUUACUACUGGAGGUUCGAAGUUAGACGAAAGGAUUGCAGUGUCUUCUAAUACGAAAACUCCUGCAGCCAAAAAGCAGAUUAAAACACCCAAGUCUACUUCUGCACAGAAAGAGAAAAGAAGCAAAACACCCAAUGUAUUAAAAGCCUCUCCUACUUUCGAUGAAUCUUUGAAUGAAAUUUCAAAGUCCCCCAUAAUUCCCUUUACAAAAAAUCUGAAAACACCAAAAUUAACAAAGAAGGCACCUUCUAGCCAAUCUCCUGAACUUACCAUGACUAAAGAGAAAAAAUCUUUUGAAGAACGCUUCAAUGCCACCUCAACCCCUUUGAAAUCACUUGAAGAAAUCACAGGAAUUAAUGGAAAAUCCUUUUAUGGAACACCAUCUGAAAAUCCUACACCAAGCGUCAGAACUGAUGAUGUGUUUGUUUUCUCCGCCAUUCCUUCUUCAGUGAAAAAGUCUGCUAGAAAGUCCAUCAAAACACCUAGGGCUACACCAAAUCUGAGAUCCCUGAAAACCCCCCAAACACUACCUAGGUCUGAUGUCACUAGUCCUGUUGUAGGUAAAUUGUCUGAAAGGAAAACUCCAGCAGUUAAGCGCAAACGCACACAGUCUGAAAACAGCCCCACCUCAGAUGCCAAGCUGAUUAAACUGAGUCCAGAUUCAAGCCUUAAGCCACUGGCAUCAAAGUCUGCCAAGAAAGUCUCAAAGAAAUUGGAUGCAAGCCAAGUGCUCACCAAAGUGAAGAUUCCACUGUCACCAGUUGAGAUGACCACAGUUCUCGAGUCAGCAAAGAAAGUGCAGAAGAGGAAGGCCUCAGAAUCGCCGACUUCUAGACCGUGUAAGCAAGCUAAAGUUUCUCCAAGCCUUGAUGAAGCUGCUGCCCCCAGGGUAGUGAAAGUAGCCAAGAGAACAUCACCAUCAAAGCUGGCAGAAUUUGCAGUGGGUAAUCUGUCAAACAACUCCGCUACAGCUGAGAAAGAAACAGUUGGUGAAGCCAGUCUCCUGAAUGAAACAUUUGCAACUGACAGCAGAAGCAGCCGAUGUACCAUUCUUUAGAAUGUGGACUCACCUAAUACUAUAACAGACUCAUUUAUAUAUGUAAAUUGUUUGAUAUUUUUGCCUUUUAAUUAUUAAGUAUUUCUAUUGCAAAGAACUGAUCUUAGGAAUUUUCUUCUGUCACAACAACUUUUUUUUGUCAAUUAAUUUUUCAUUAAUAUAAUAUUCAUUGCAAUAAUUGAUCUCAGAAUAUGGAUGUAGCUUGUAACAACAUUUUUUUGUCAUCACAGUUUAAAUUUUGUUCUUCGUAUUGUAUAUAACAUUGCAUUUACAUUUUUGCUUAUUAAGAUCUUUCACGGUUUAUGUCUUAAAGUUUUUGCAAGAAUUGGAAUGCUAGUGCCAUGAAUUUCUGUUGUAUUAUUUAUGUAAAUAACUUUUAAUGUUCUUGGAAGAUUGAUCCCAUUGUGUUUGGAUGAAAUGGCAGCUGUUGUUUAGUUUAUUUUUUGAACAUGUACUAUGAUGUCACGGCUUUAAAGUUUGUGAUUUCACUCUACAUAUUGAUUUUAAUAUAUUCUAUGCCAUGAGGUUUUACGUUAUUGUGUUUGUUUAUUAAGGGUUAGGUUGAUCAAUUAUUUCCUUUUUACUGUCAAAUAAUUGUUAAGCACUCAAAGCCCUUUAAAUGUUAAUAUUGUUAAACAAUUUUGUGUUUUAAGAUCUUUUAAUUAAUGAAGUUAUUUUACAAAAAUUGUUAAGAAUGCAAGUUGAUCAGCAUGUUACAUUGUAUUGUGUUUAUGUACCUUAUUAUGAGGUUUCAAAUAUUUAAAUAUUCAAAACAAAGGAAAAGAAAAAUGUGUUUCCAAAAUUGUGUGUAGAUGACCAUUUAUUUCAAACAUUCUGUACAAUAAAAUAUAAAUUUAAAAUUGCUGUGAUUACUUGCAUCAGCAUUUUUAUCUGAUAAUCAGGAAUCUAAUAGCAAUUGUCCUUUUUAUACGCCCGUUUUGAAAAAACGGGACGUAUUAUAGUUUCAUCCUUGGUGGGCGGCGGCAUCCACAGCAGUGUCGGCUCUCUAAUGCAAAUAGUUUUCAUCCGAUCUUCACCAAACUUGGUCAGAAGUUGUAUCUAGACAAUAUCUAGGUCAAGUUCGAUUAUGGGUCAUGCCUGGUUUUAAACUAGGACAUGGGGUCACUUAGUGCAUUGAAGGAUUCAGCAUGGUUUCCGCUUCUAAUUGAAGUAGUUUUCAUCCGAUCUUCACCAACUUUGGUCAGAAGUUGUGCCUUAAUUAUAUCUAGGUCACGUUCAAAUAUGGGUCAUGUCGGCUCAAAAACUAGGUCAUUUUGUCACUUUGUGCAUUUCAAGCAUUUAGCAUGGUGUCCGCUCUCUAAUUGAAGUAGUUUCCAUCUGAUCUUCACCAAAUUUGGUCAGUAUUUGUGUCUAAAUAAUAUCUAGGUCAAGUUCAAAUAUGGGUCAUGCCGGGUCAAAAAAUAGGUCACUUAGUGCAUUUCAAGCAUUCAGCAUGAUGUCCAAAACCUUCAAACGGGCAUAUCUUGUGACAGUUUGGCACUCUUGUUGUCCUUCCGUUUGUGACAGUUACUAGUAUAUUGGCCUGUUUGGUAACAAUUUGAUUUGACAGUUUAUUGACAAGCAUAUUGAUUUUAUGUAGGACUGUUCACAUGGAUAUUGGAGUGUAACGUGAGUCGUCGCAUAUAUAUUGGACUGUUUCGUGAUCGGUAUAUUGGACUGUUUCAUGACCGAUAUAUUGGACUGUUAAGUGAUUGGUAUAUAGCGCUGUUUCAUGACAAGCAGAUUGUAUUAUUUCGUGACUGGAACAUUGUACGGAUUCGUGACUGUUAUUGUAUUGUUUCAGGACAGGCAGGGUGUAGUUUUUAUGUCCCCCACUAUAGUAGUGGGGGACAUAUUGUUUUUGCCCUGUCUGUUGGUUUGUUUGCGCCAACUUUAACAUUUUGCAAUAACUUUUGCUAUAUUGAAUAUAGCAACUUGAUAUUUGGCAUGCAUGUGUAUCUCAUGGAGCUGCACAUUUUGAGUGGUGAAAGGUCAAGGUCAUCCUUCAAGGUCAGAGGUCAAAUAUAUGUGGCCAAAAUCGCUCAUUUUAUGAAUACUUUUGCACUAUUGAAGAUAGCAACUUGAUAUUUGGCAUGCAUGUGUAUCUCAUGGAGCUGCACAUUUUGAGUGGUGAAAGGUCAAGGUCAUCCUUCAAAGUCAGAGGUCAAAUAUAUGUGGCCCAAAUCGCUUAUUUUAUGAAUACUUUUUGCAAUGUUGAAGAUAGCAACUUGAUAUUUGGCAUGCGUGUGUAACUUAUGGAGUUGCACAUUUUGAGUGGUGAAAGGUCAAGGUCAUCCUUUAAGGUCAGAGGUCAAAUAUAUGUGGCCCAAAUCGCUUAUUUUAUGAAUACUUUUGCAAUAUUGAAGAUAGCAACUUGAUAUUUGGCAUGCAUGUGUAUCUCAUGGAGCUGUACAUUUUGAGUGGUGAAAGGUCAAGGUCAUCCUUCUAGGUCAAAUAUAUGGGUCAAAAUUGCUCAUGUAAUGUAACUUCUGCAAUAUUGAAGCUAUCAAUUUUAUAUUUGACAUGCAUGUGUAUCUCAUGGAGCUGCACAUUUUGAGUGGUGAAGGGUCAAGGUCAUCCUUCAAGGUCAAACGUCAUAUAGGGGAACAUUGUGUUUCACAAACACAUCUUGUUCGUUACAGGUUGUUCACACUUUUCCGUUUAAACCCACCACUGUUAACUACAUCUUUAAUAUUUGUUUUUGGAACCUCACUUUUACCUAGACUUAAUUUGGAAUGAUUAAAUUCAUUAUUUCCAGGGUUAUCUAGACUGCCCAGUUUGUCAAGUACCAGAACUGCUUUGGUCAUUCGAUAGAUGAUGCAUUUGACCUUCCCAAAUUCGCCCAUAUCAGUCAUUCUGAGUUAGAUCUUAUUUGAAUUAAGAUUUCUAAUCAUUAUAGCGCCCAUCCGUAUUUGACUUGCAAAAAAGAACAUUGACCUUCUCCAAUAACUUAAAAUUGUUCAAAUGGGGUUACCAGAAACAAGGUGAACCAUCAACCAGUGAUAUGUGAUGUGUAUUUAAAAUGUUUAGACGAUUCGAACGGUGUUAUGAAAACAAAAGAAUACUUGGCGAUAAUGCCGGUUGAAAUCUAAUACAUUUAAACACGAAUCGUCUGAAAUAAGACAUGUCUAAUUAAUAUUUCUUUAAUUGUGAAGUCUUUACAAAACUAUCCUGCAAUAAAUCAAAGCCUUAAAAGGUAGUUUUGUUAGAUUUCAAUUGUCUGGUAUAUUGUUUGUGUAAGGGGUUUCAUACUUUUCAACAUAUUGCGUUUCUCAAGCAAAGUCGGACUGUAUCGCAGUUGAUUAGCUUGUGACGAUGAAUGAAAACAUCAUUUUGAAUGAUAGAAAUUAAUUGCUGCGUUGAAUAAGACCGAGUUCGUGAAAAUCGCUGCACAAUUGAUGAAGUUAUUGCUGUUCAACGCGAUGCACCCUGUUGUCGGAUGAUUUUGAGUUAAAUACCUUGUUAUAUAGUUAUUUGAUAGUGAAUUUAUUUAUUUUAUUCAGAAAAGUUGUUGUUGUUUUUUCGUUAUAAUUUGAUUAUUUGUCAUUCAAAAUGAUGUUUUCACUUAUUAAUAUCUUAGCCAUGCGCUAACCACAUGUGGACUGUAUAAGCGCGGUUCUCCAAUUGAAAACAUAACUCCCUAACACAUGUAUCACAUUUAACAUGUUGUCAGUAUUUAUUUGUAACUUUCAGUAAUGCCCCGGGCCAAAUUUGAUAUUACGCAAAAGAAAAUUGUUAUUUUGACAAGUAAUAACCAAAGCCCUCGGCUUUAUUAUGUGUGUUUUCUCUUUGGUGCAUUAAGGUUACGCUGUUAUAAACAUCGCAUGUACAUGAACCCAUACCUAUACUGUGAAAAUGUUUUAUAACUUGAAUUUGCGGUACACAUUUAAUUAUCAAUUGCCUAUGCUCAUGCGCACUUCAAGGAUUUGCGGUUAACCUUCAAAUUUUAAAACUUUAGUUAAAAAAAUGUGCUUACCUUAAAAAUGGUGCUGCAUGAUAUUUUUUGUUAUAAACAAUGUCCAUUGUCUAAAAUCUCGGGUCGAAUACCCCCCCCCCCCCGCCCCCCAAAAGAAUGUUUCCACGUGUAUUGUUUCUUCUACAGAAUACACUAUUUAUCAAAAUUAAAGGAAGAUAACCCCAUUUAAGGAACAAAACACACCAUUGAAAGUAUAUUGGUUUUAUUAGCUCGGCUGUUUUCGGAGAAAACCCGAGGUGUUGUCAUAGCCAGCUCGUCGUCCCGUGCUGCCGUCCGCGUCGUGCUAAAACCUUCACAUUGGCUCUAAAAUGAAAGUGCUUCCACCUACAACUUUGAAACUUCAUAUGUAGCUGCACCUUGGUAAGUUUUACACGACCAACCCAUUUUUGGGUCACUAUAUGUAAAGGUAAAUGUCACUGUGACCUCUAAUAUGAAAUUUUAACAUAGACACUAAAAUCAAAAUGCUUCCACCUCAACUUCGAAACUUUAUAUAUAGAUGCACCUUGGUGAGUUCUACACGCCACAUCCAUUUUGGGGUCACUAGGUCAAAUGUCAAGGUCACUGUAACCUCUAAUAUAAAACUUUUACAUAUGCUCUCAAAUCACAGUGCUUCCACCUACAACUUUUAAACUUCAUAUGUAGAUGCACCGUGAUUAGUUCUACACGCCACACCCAUUUUUGGGUCACUAGGUUAAAGGUUAAGGUUACUGUGACAUCUAAUAUAAAACUUUAACAUAGGCUCUAUAAUCAAAGUGCUUCCACCUACAACUUUGAAACUUCAUAUGUAGAUGCACCUUGAUGAGUUCUACAGGCCAAACCCAUUUUUGGGUCACUAGGUCAAAGGUCAAGGUCACUGUAACCCACAGUAAUUCAUUUACUUUCAUUUAUUGAAAACUGCACCCACAGCCGAGCGAUGGCACCCGCUAUGCGGUGCUUUUGUUAAAAUCCAUACACAUCAGACUCCCGUUGUACAUGCUAUUAAAGAGGCAUUGAUGCCGGGGCGACUCCUGCAAGUAGGCGUGGUCAUUGCAAGCUACACCACAAUCCCUGCUUUUUAAGCAAUUAAUGCAUGAUCUACAUAUAAUUCUCUCAACAUAAACCCAUUCAUUCACACGCAAUUCAUGAUAACAAAUUACACGAUGCAUUUAUCAGACAUUAUGAACAAAGUUUAUCAAAUCAAAGAAUUACAAAUGGAAACAUUUUAUCCAUGAAAAUAAAAUAGCACGUAAUGGUCUCAAACAAUUUCCAUUAAUCGUUCACUUGACAUUAAAGCCGCCCGAAUUGAUGUUGGUAUAUUUUUCAAUUUGUGUUACGUGUCGCAACCAAACUGGAUGUAAAUCAAUGCCAUUGUAUUGGUCAUUUGACACCCGAAUCAUGAUACACGUGUCAGUAGAAAUUUACUAGCAUUCGCGGGGUGAGCACCAAGUGUGCUGUUCAUUAUCAGAUAAUCAUCGAGGUUAUCGCCAAUUACGAUUUUUGACUCUGAGAUAUGGAACGCAAUAGCAGUCUUACGUUGUUAAUAUCUUUCUUCUUUAGAAGGUGUCUUAUUAUGUCAAAUCGUCGUGAUAUUUUGUCAAUACGUGGUGUUGACUUGUCAAAAUAAAGUCUUAUGAUGUCAAA